AAACAAGUUAACAAACACCACGCUUACCAGCCUCCAAUAUUCCUCUCUGACAAGAAGCUGGGCGCCUCGGACCCGAAGCAGAAGGCAGAUACCAAGCAGCGAUAAGCUUCUUCUAAGCUCGCUUAAGCUUUGCGCCUACCUGCCUAUUCCGGCAUCGCCCAUAGCAUGCUCGCCCCACUCUUUGAGGUAAAAGACGAACAUGACGUGAGUGACGGGACCCGCAUGUUGCAUGCAGAUUGGAGCCCCGGCUUCAGGUACCUCUUAUAAGCUGUCUGCAGUCCCCGUCGUUUUUCUGGGUACGCGAGCAAGAACUGCAUAAUGAAGGUCCUGACGUUGCUUUACACUUUCGCCGCCCUUGGGUCCGCGACUCCCGCGCCGUAUCAAUGGCAGGGUAAGAGGGCUGCUGCGCCCGCUUAUGCGGCUCAUACUAUUGAUCAGCCUAUUGAUCAUUUCCCGAAAUCGGAUCGCUAUGUGCCGCAUACGAAGGAUACGUUCAAGCAGCGGUACUUCUUCGAUUCGUCGUACUAUAAGCCUGGAGGACCGGUGUUUUUGUACAUUGGUGGAGAGACGAGCGGCGAAAGCCGAUUCUCUAACCUGCAGACUGGAAUUAUCCAGAUUAUGAUGGAGAAGUUCAAUGGCCUUGGUGUUAUUCUCGAGAACAGGUACUAUGGAGGGAGCUAUCCCUACAACACCAGCACGACGGAUGAGUUGAGGUUCUUGACCACCGAGCAAACCAUUGCCGACAACGCUUACUUCAGGAAGCAUGCUACCUUCCCUGGUGUCAACAACACCCUAAAUGGACCCGACGUCCCAUGGAUCAUGUACGGCGGUUCUCUUGCCGGCGCACACACCGCCUUCACCAUGAAGACAUACAACGACAUCUUCGCCGGCGGCAUCGGUAGCAGUGCCACCACGCAAGCACUGCUUGAGUACCCCCAAUGGUACGACCCCAUCAUGAAAUACGGCCCCGCAGACUGCGUCUCCCGCAUCGUCAACAUCGUCGACAAAAUCGACGCCCUAAUCAAGUCCGGCAACGCGCAAGGCAUCCAGCAACUCAAGGACAUCUUCGGCCUCGGCGCACUACAAAGCCUAGGCGACUUCGCCAUGACAAUCGCCUUCCCCAUCGGCGGCCCCAUGAACUACCCCACAAACACCUGGCAGGAACUCAACUGGUCAGACCGCUACGGCUCCUCGGACUUCUGGCACUUCUGCUCCAACGUGACCAACCUCGCCCCCGCGGCGAACAUCAGCAGCGUCGACACGGCGCUCUCCCAAUACUCCAACGGCUCCGCCUGGACCGGUCUAGGCAGUUACGCCGACUACGUCAAGAAGACGCUGAUCCCGACAUGCACCAGCGGCCGCAUCGACAGCACAGACAGCGGCUGCUUCGGCACGCAGAACCAGACCUUCUACGCCGACGUAACAAACAGCGCCGCGCGCUCCUACCUCUACUCGACCUGCUCCGAAUCCGGCGCCUACCAAGUCGCGCCCAAAAAAGGCCCAUCCCUCAUCUCCCGCGUCCUACAAGCCCCCUACACCCAGCAAUGGUGCACAUGGGCCUUCCCCGCCGGCACAUCAAACAGCAUCCCCAAGAGCCCAGAGCUGCACUACUACAACAAGUACGGCGGGUGGAACACACAAGCGCCCAACCUCGCGCUUAUCGACGGCAGCACGGAUGUCUGGCUCGAUUUGUGCUACCAUUCUGACCUUGCGCCUAAGCCGAGGAUUAGCAGUGAUAAGUAUCCCAGCUAUUUGAUUGCGGGUGCGGGACAUCACUGGGAUAGCUAUGGCAUUCUGAAUGUUACGGCUGAGCCGGCGUAUAUUCGCGAGGCGCAUCUUUGGGAGGAGAGGACUGUGAGUCGGUUCUUGACGUUUUGGGGGGAGAAGCAUUGAGUUCGGAUAAAUGGAUGGAUGGAUUGUGGGGGAGUGGUGUGUGGUGAUGGAUUUGUUGUUUUAGUGAGAUGAAUCUAUACAUGUCUUCACUAUUGAUGUUUGACCUCUGUGUGAGGGUGGAUGGUACGGCUAUGUCUUUGAUUAUCCACAUCCAACAUCCCCAUACCCAUGAGAUACGCCUCCCACCAUCCUAGAAUAUCGCAGCAAUCCAGCAUCCCAAAUCAAGC